CUGGCUUCAUGUUUAUUUCUGUAUACUAUGUGUAUAUGGUAUGCAUUUAGGAAGCUGUCUGAUAGAUAAGAUGUGUUUGCUGGCAAUAUGUGAUCGUUAGUACUGCAUUUCUCUAUGCGCUUGGGUUGCAGAUGUACCAGCCAGUGCGCGUGUACUUUGCAUUUGCACAUGUCUAUGCAUGUACAUGCACAUGUGUACAUGUAUGCACAUAAGCCCUACACUCCGCUAUCGCACAGCCAGCCCUACAGCUCCACACCACAUCGCACCAUACAACAUACAACACAGUCGUACAGCCUCGCAGGCUCAUAUCCGUCCGUACCCAGUACAUCCGGAUACCUAACCAGCACGUACCUCACCCACACAGCCUUACAGCCCUACAGCUCCACUCUCACACAGCACACCAUAACAGCCUUACAGCCUCACAGGCUCAUUUCUGUACCCAGUACGUACCUACCGUACCUUGCCCAUGCAGACAGCCUUACAGCCCUACGGCCCCCGCAUACAAGUAUACAAGUACCAAGCCAGCCUCUCAGCCUUACAACAAUCCUUCCUUCCAUCGAACCCCACAAUGAACUAAGCCCCCUAGUCCCCAGUCCAUGAUCUCGAAACACACGCGCGCUUAUCUGGUUAUGAUACCAUGCUCGUGCUCAUACCCAUGCUUAUAUCCAUGCUCAUACCAUGUCUCACAGCUAAGCACCUGCUGUAGAAGCACAUAUAGGCGAUCUGGUCGGGAUAUACAAGGCGCUUCUGUUGCGGCUGUGUUUCUUGUGGGAUUUUGCAGGGGGGUGUUUUUCUGGAAUGGGUUGUUUGGGAGGGAGUUACUGGGGGAGGGGGUGGGAGAAUGUUUGUUUGAGUGUGAGUGUCUUGAUAAUGUCUUGGUAGUGUCUUGGUGCGUUAUCCU